AUGCCUGGCAUCCCGAGGACCACAUACUGCCAGAUCUGCAAGCGGCGGAGGGUUAAGUGCGACCAGCAGUGGCCGAUUUGUUCGGCAUGCCGCCGAGCCCAGCUCGUCUGCCCCGGCCCUACAUCGAUGACCAAGUUCGUACAUAACGGAAAUCAUAUCGUCAAUGGUGAGACCGACGGCAAUAUCCUGCAAGCGUCAGCCUCCCCCAUCCCUCGAGGUGGUGGCAAUGGCGAUGGACGGGCGAUGGUGGCCCGGCCUAGUUCACUUGUGAAAACGUACCAGAAUGGCUCCGUGGCUCGCUCAUUCCGUCUUGUCAACUCGACGCCCUCUAUGACGCCUUCGGAACGGUUUGCGUCUCUCCUCAUAACCAUGAUGAAUCUGGAUUCGGAGAGUGUCAACAUGGCUGCUGUCUUACUUGGCCGGCUUAGAGGGAUACCUCCGCGUCUGUUGGGGAGUGCCUGUCUGCGUGACGCCGUCGCCCAUAAAUGCGCCAGUAUAAAGGACAUGUGCCCCAGCAUGCAGACACCAAGUUUUAGUACGUUGAAGCUGUAUGGUAAGGCACUCCGUAGUCUAGAGCAGGCACUGAAUGGUCCCGAGGCCUUAAGUGUGGAGACAUUCGCGGCCGGGGGGUUGGUUCAUGACAACCAUAUUGGAGGGAUGCUGUUAUUGAUGAGAGCAAGAGGCCCGCCAAAGCUAGACGAUCAAGUUGAAGUUGACAUCGCAGUCCAUUGUUAUAUUGGAGUGAAGACCUAUAAGUAUCUUUAUGGCAAGAUUAACUUUAUGGAGUCGCAGCCAUGGAAGGCAGCCAUGGACGAAAUAAUAAAAAGGACUAGUGGAUUUGAUUCCGAUGAUUCGAUGGCCAUUCUCAUGAAUCGCUAUCAAGAGCUUUGGCCCGGCUGGGUUCAAGACGCCAGGUUGAUUUCAAGUGAUCCUGAUUCUUUCAAGUGGAAAGCAAGAAGAUUAACGACAGAACCUCUUGUAUCUCUAUCCGAAUUCCAGGAACUUGAAGCCCAUGACUGGGAGUCUAUUGCUGUGGAGGGAAGUUACGAGGUUGAUGUCAGCACUCUUCUUGUACAGCUAUUAAUUGCUCGAAUGCUCUAUGACUUUGCGAUCCUGUAUGAUUGGCCGUUGGCGGAGCUAACCAUGUCGAGAAAUCGAGAGCUCUCUCCUCGGGCAUGGAUGCUCAUUCCUUAUUUGAAAAACCAGAAACGCGAAGAGAUGUAUUACUUCUCGCUGCUCUUCAAACUAACAUGUGAAGCAGCGGAGAAACGAGAGCAAGAGCAUUUGAUGGACAUCGUUCAGUAUCUAGACUGUGUCUCCUUGGAGCCGGGUCAGGACAGAAUCAAGGUUUUAACCGAUUUAAUAACUAGAGAGGCUAAGAUAUUAACCGGUCGCCUUAUCUUAGAGAGUUAA